UGGCCGCAGCCCCGCCCCGCCGUGCCCCGUCCCGCCCCUGCCGGGCCCCGUCCUGUCCCGUCCCGCAGCGUCCCGCAGCGUCCCGUCCGCGGUCUCCUCGCACCCUCCCGGCACCUGAGGCGCUCACCGGUGCUUCCAGCGCAGCCAUGGCUCAGCACUUCUCCCUGGCCGCCUGCGACGUGGUCGGCUUCGACCUGGACCACACUCUGUGUCGCUACAACCUGCCCGAGAGCGCGGUGCUCAUUUAUAAUAGCUUUGCUCAGUUCCUGGUCAAGGAGAAAGGGUAUGACAAAGAAUUACUAACUGUGACUCCAGAGGAUUGGGAUUUCUGUUGCAAAGGCUUGGCACUGGAUCUGGAAGAUGGGAACUUCAUUAAACUGGCAGAUAAUGGCACCGUGCUCAGAGCAAGCCAUGGCACAAAGAUGAUGGCUCCAGAGGCACUGGCAGAGGAGUAUGGCGGGAAGGAGUGGAAAUACUUCAUGUCUGACACGGGAAUGGCUUGCCGAUCAGGAAAAUAUUAUUUUUAUGAUAACUACUUUGACCUGCCAGGAGCUCUUCUAUGUGCCAGAGUCGUGGACUCUUUAACAAAGCAGAACAAUGGUCAAAAAACAUUUGAUUUUUGGAAGGAUAUAGUUGCUGGUAUACAACACAAUUAUAAAAUGUCAGCUUUUAAGGAAAACUGUGGAAUAUAUUUUCCAGAAAUAAAGAGAGAUCCAGGCAGAUAUUUACACACUUGUCCUGAAUCUGUGAAAAAGUGGCUUCGACAGCUAAAGAAUGCUGGGAAAAUUCUGUUGUUAAUUACAAGUUCUCACAGUGAUUACUGUCGACUUCUCUGUGAAUAUAUUCUUGGGAAUGAUUUUACAGAUCUUUUUGACAUUGUGAUUACAAACGCACUGAAGCCUGGUUUCUUCUCCCAUUUACCAAGUCAAAGACCUUUCUGGACGCUCGAGAAUGAUGAGGAGCAGGAGGCAUUGCCAUCUCUGGAUAAACCUGGCUGGUACUCCCAAGGGAACGCUGUCCACCUUUAUGAACUUCUGAAGAAAAUGACCGGCAAAAGUGAACCCAAGGUCGUUUACUUUGGUGACAGCAUGCAUUCAGACAUUUUCCCAGCCCGUCAUUAUAGUAACUGGGAGACAGUUCUCAUUCUGGAAGAGCUCAGAGGGGACAGAGACGGGAAGCCUGAAGAAUCAGAGCCUCUAGAGAAGAAAGGAAAAUAUGAGGGACCAAAGGCAAAGCCUCUAAAUACGUUAUCUAAAAAAUGGGGCUCUUUUUUUAUUGAUUCAGUUUCAGGACUGGAAAAUACGGAAGACUCAUUAUUUUAUACAUGGUCUUGUAAGAGAAUCAGUACUUACAGCACUAUUGCAAUUCCAAGUAUUGAAGCAAUAGCAGAAUUACCCCUGGACUACAAAUUUUCAAGGUUCUCUUCAAGCAAUUCAAAAACAGCUGGCUACUAUCCAAACCCUCCAUCGAUCUUAUCAAAUAAUGAGACACUGACAGCCAAAUAAACUGUCUUUACUGAAAAAUGAAGUGAAGAACCAUAUAUGCAGCAAAUAUACUGUAAAAAAUGUUAAUUUUUGAAAAAUACUGUAAAAUGCUUUCUAGGAACAAAUUCCUAAUGAUAACUAACCAAGAAUUAGAUGCUUUUCCAUAAGUCUCCUUUCUGUAUAGAUCAUCUUGAUGCCCAACAACUCUCAUUAUGUUAAAAUCUCAGUGUCUUAGAAUGGAAAGGAACCUUAUUAAUAUUUUCUAUACUAGUAAUUCUGAGAUUACGAUUCACCUGGGCGUGUGUGUGUGUGUGUGUGUGUGUAUAAAUACACACACACACACACACACUUGUACAUACACAUAUACAUACACAUAUUUACAUAUGUGCCUAGACCAAUGGUUCUCAAAGUGUUGUCCCCAAACCACUAACAUAGCAUCACCUGAGAAUUUGAUAGAAAUACAGAUUUGCAGGCCCCACCCCAGACCUGCAGAAUCAAACUCUGGGAAUGUAUCCCAGCAACCUGUGUUUAAUAUUAGUGUGAUUCAUAUACUAAAGUUCAAAAAUCACUAGCUAGACCAUAACCUCCAGAUUGGUUUAAUUGGUCUGGGAAUAGAGAUGAGCACUGAUGUCUUUUACUUGCCCCAGGAAAAGGUAGCCAGAAUUGGGAACAACUGAACUAUAUCUGUUUCUUCCAUCUAUAGCUAAGAACGCUGAGUCCAGUGAGAAUAAAUGAUUUUUCCAAGCUA